AUGCGUGCUCAGUACCUCAUUCUUGCUGCAAUUGGCCUCGUGGCUGCCGCCCCUCUCGAUGUCAGAGGAGCAGAUGCCGAUGCUGAAGCUAUUCCCUUCUACCCAAAGAGGGGAGCUGAUGCAGAGGCGGAGGCUAUUCCCUUCUACCCCAAGCGCGGAGCCGACGCUGAAGCCGAGGCAAUUCCCUUUUACCCUAAGCGAGGAGCAGAUGCGGAGGCUGAAGCCAUUCCGUUUUACCCUAAGCGAGGAGCAGACGCGGAAGCCGAGGCCAUUCCCUUCUACCCCAAACGCGGUGCUGACGCCGAGGCGGAAGCUAUUCCUUUCUACCCGAAGAGGGAUGCUGAUGCGGAAGCCGAAGCGAUCCCUUUCUACCCCAAGAGAGGUGCUGAUGCCGAAGCUGAAGCCAUUCCAUUCUAUCCUAAGAGGGGCGCGGAGGCUGAGGCCGAGGCCAUCCCUUUCUACCCAAAGCGCUCCGCUGAUGCGGAAGCUGAGGCAAUUCCCUUCUACCCUUAA